AUGUCAGCGCCACCAGGACGCUCGGCUACGGUGACUGCACUCAGUGGGCGCGUGCAUGCGCUCAAGUUCAUGCAACGCGGCUCGCCCUCGACCCCCUCCAAAACCACCUCAGAAACGCCUGCCACGCCAUCGACGCCGGCCUCACCGUCUCCAGCUGCAUCUCCCGCCCCGUCCGUACCUGGGUCCCCUGCCGCAGCGUUCGGGCAAGACGAACAGUGGUCUUUGUCGCCAGCUGCCAUUGCGCGAAUCCGGGCCAACGCCAAGACGCCCACAGCCAAAGCGGGACCAGUCAUCUCGCACGAGGCCGGCUUCGAGUCGUGGCUGAUCAAGCGCACUGGCGCAGAACAGCCUGCUGCAAACCAACGACUCACGUUCGGCAAGAUCGGCAAGACAAACACCGCCGGUACCGAGCCGGAAGUUGAGGCCGACGAGUCACGCGCAGCAUCGGACGAAGACGAGCAGAAAGGAGAGCGAUUCCUCAAGCCGGGGAGCAGCAAGCGCAGUGCACAGGCGGAGGGUAAAGCGGCAAAGAAGCAACGCAGGAGAGGCGAGGACAAGGUGGUGAUUGCACGCAAGCGCGGAGGCAAGCCGGGCAUCUCGGCUGCGCACGAAUUCGGACAUCGCCCGGCCGUCGGUGUGGGUGCUGGUGCUGGCAUCGCUGCGCAGCUCGUUCUUGGCGCGAUUGUCGUAUGCGCGGCGGUGGGAGCGGUGGUUAGGCGCGGGAGGGAACCGGUACUAGCCAGCGUGUUGGGCAAGAUGGUGGUGGCACUGGUACUGCUUGCUGUCUCACCGGUUCUGCGGACGCUGACAGAGGCGACGACGAGCGAUACCAUCUGGGCACUUGCGGCGAUGCUGUUCACAGCCCACCUGGUGCUGGCCGACUACGCGGGUGGAAGCGGCAAGCUGCAGGAUACGCUCUCGUUCAAUGCGGCCAUUUCGGCGUCGGUGGUGCUCGCUUCGCGACUCGACGACGACGUGCAGUCGUUCAGCGUGCUCGCGCUCGCCAUCACACUGUUCGCGCCGCAACAACACACGCCACGCGACGCCACACGCGUGGUGCACUUUGUAGCGUUCUACUGCGCCGUCGUUGUGGGUGGGUGGGGCACGGUGGUGGUGUGGGUGACGUUGGCGGUGGGCUUUGUAUCGCUGGUGUGUCCGGUGUGGAUGCGGUAUGCGCAGGCGUGGAAGAUGGAGAUCAAGGGUCCGUGGGAUCCCGCACGUCCGGUGUUGAAUGCUACCAGUCCAGCUUGUUUCCCUCCGCAUCGCGCAAGUCCCCCUCGAGGCUCGCCCACCAUUCGCCCUCGCUAA